AUGUCUUCCGAUAUCAGUGAGGACUCAGAGUCAUUCUGCUUUGAUUUCUCAGACCGUGAGACUGUCUAUUCACAGUCAGAGGUGGAAUCCGUCAGUGAUGACGGUGAUGCUACCCUGACUGACUGCAGUUGCUGCAAUGAAGAAGACAUGGAGGUAGACUGGGAUUCACUGUAUCAGGACGGCUUCAUCAGCGUCGCAAAAUACAUGGAGGGCAUUCAACAGGCGGCUGGAAUCGAAGUGACCAGGGACAUGGCAGAAGACAGCGAUGGAAUUUUGGAGACUGAAGCGGGGUUCAAGGACAAUCUUGCUAAUCGAUUGGGCCAGAUGAUGUUCGUCUCUGGAGAGACUGCCGAACCGUCUGUGGAAACAACUACUUUGAUUGAGGAGAUCGUGCGUCAGCAGGUCGUCGAAAUUCUCGUUCGCAGCACUGCGUUGGCUACCCGCCGAGGAGUCCGCUCUAUCUCGACUGAUGAUCUGAUCUUUCUGAUCCGUCAUGACAAAGCCAAGGUGUCUCGCCUGAAGACUUUCCUUUCCUGGAAAGAUGUCCGCAAGAACGUCAAGGAUUCCGACGACAAAGGUGGCGGUGCUGAUGCUGCGGAUUUUGCCGGUGCUGACGACCCCAUCGCCGGCGGCGUCGUGGCUGGUCCGCAAGAUGUCGCCUCCAAACCCAAGAACAAGAGGGCUCGAGUCGGUCUGGCUUGGGAUGUGAACAGCUUCUACUCCGUGCAGGUUCCCGAGAGAGAUGAUGAGGAAGACGAAGAGGAAGAGGAACAGAACUAUGCAACUUUGCAGCGUCUGGCCGCCGCCGACGAGCGCACCAAGCACAUGACCAAGGAAGAAUACGUGUUUUGGUCCGAAUGUCGUCAGGCAUCGUUCACCUACCGCAAAAGCAAGCGUUUCAGGGAGUGGGCCGGCUUUGGCAUCGUGACCGAGUCGAAACCCAACGACGAUAUUGUUGAUAUCCUUGGUUUCCUCACCUUCGAGAUCGUGCAGACCUUGACCGAAGAAGCUCUCAAGGUUAAAGAGCGCGAGGAGCGUGAAAAGAAUCGCCGCGGAGGAGCCGAGAACGGAACUGGCGAGAGCACUAAGAAGCGCAAGCGCGAGACCGGCCUCUUCGAUCCUCCCGAGGAAGGUCGCACCCCCGUGGAACCCAAACAUAUUCGCGAGGCCUACCGCAAGCUCCAAGCGACUCCCAACAAGAACAUCGCGAUGCUUUUGCAUAAUGGCAGGAUCCCGGCGCGUAUGCCUUUGAGGCUGAUCUAA